GCAUUGGUGUUGAUGACAUGUUCAUCAUGAUUUCUAACUGGCAGCAGACUAAAGUAAAGGAUCCAGUGGAGAAGAGAAUGGCUGAAACCUUCAAAGAAGCCGCUAUGUCUAUAACUAUCACUACAUUGACUGAUGUACUUGGCUUCUACAUUGGGCUCAUGAGUGAAUUUCGCUCAGUUCGGGCCUUCUGCUUGUACACCAGCACAUCCAUUAUUUUCUGUUACAUUUAUAACAUCCUCUUCUUUGGAAGCGUUCUAGCCCUAAACGGCAGGAGGGAGCAGAGUAACGGACACUGGCUGACCUGCUGGAAACUCCCAACACAGACCCCUGAAGGAAAGUCCCCGGCGUAUCGUCUCUGCUGUGUAGGUGGCGACUAUGACCAAGAAACCGGUGCUGAGAAACAACAGCCCAUAGCACACUUCUUUAAGUCCUAUUAUGGUCCAUUCCUGACCAAGCCCUGGACCAAAGUCUGUGUGAUGUUGUUGUAUUUGGGUUAUUUGGCUGGAGGCAUUUAUGGAUGUCUUAAUUUACAACAGGGCAUUAAUAUGAGGGACCUGGCAGCUGAUGAUUCAUAUGUCGUAAAUUAUUAUGAUGAUGAUCGGAAAUUCUUCUCCAGGUAUGGUCCAAAUAUCAUGGUUGUAGUGACAGAAGAGUUUCCAUACUGGAAUAAGAACAGCAGAUCCAAACUAAACCACUGCAUGGAAAAACUCCACAACUUGACAUUUGUCAAUCAAAAUCUGACUGUCUCCUGGUUAGACUUUUACUUACAAUUUGCUCAAAGCAAAAGCCUAAAUCUAGACAACGAAAAUGUCUUCAUUGAGAAUGUAUCCUCUUUUUUCCUGCUCUAUCCAGAGUUUAAGCUUGACGUUAAUAUCACAGAAAGCAAAAUCAAUGCUUCAAGAUUUUUUGUCCAGACUUUGGAUAUUUCCAAUGCCAGUAUGGAGAUAAUGAUGUUCGAUGAACUCAGAAACACAGCUCAGAGCUGUAGUGCAGCUAAACUUCUAGUGUUUCACCCCUUGUUCAUCUACUUGGAUCAAUAUUCGGUCAUAGUGACCAGCACCAUUCAGACUGUGGGCUUCACCACAGCUGUCAUGUUGGUCGUUGCCUUGUUAUUAAUCCCAAACCCGAUCUGUUCCCUGUGGGUCACGUUCUCCAUCGGCUCAGUCGUCACUGGUGUCACUGGUUUCAUGGCUUUAUGGGGCAUCAACCUAGAUUCCAUUUCAAUGAUCAUCUUGGUGGUGUGCAUUGGCUUCACUGUCGACUUCUCUGCGCAUAUUUCAUAUGCAUUUGUUUCGAGCAAAGAAUUGACUGCCAAUGAGCGGGCAGUUGAUGCAUUGUUUUCUGUGGGCUAUCCCGUGCUACAAGGAGCUGCCUCAACAAUAAUAGGCGUGCUCAUUUUGGCUGCAUCCAAGAAUCACAUUUUCAGGACCUUCUUUAAGAUUAUGUUCCUCGUUAUGCUUUUUGGUUUGGCUCACAGCAUCAUCUUCAUCCCUGUGUUUCUGACCCUACUGUCCUGCAGUUCAACCAAAGCUAAGAAGAAAACAACGACUGUGCCUGAUGUUAUUCCAAAAGUCAUUAUGAUUGAAAACAAAAGCACGGCUUAUGAUAACUAUGCUUUUACUAAGGACAAUUCAACACAGA